AUGGAACUGCCACAGACGCCAGCAGGGGCAUGGAGAGCAGCAGACAACAUUUAUGACCAGCGAACCACGCAGUCCAACCACUUUAUGGAAGCGGUCACGAUGCUGGCCGAGAGAUGUUGGAAACUAGGAACAGCAAUACUGCUACAACGGACAUGGCGAUGGCGUGUCACCACUUCGACCCCUCUGACAAAGGUGUCAGAGCAAUGUCAAAUCGCAGCUUUCAAAUCGGCGCUGCGGCAGGGAUAUAACACGGUGUUUGCACACACAGCGGCACAGCUUCACCCCAAGUUUGGUCCCCUUGCGAUCCAUCUAAUGCGCGCGUGUUGGAUGUCGGAGCCGAUGGUAGACUAUCACCUGUUCACUGGCAGCGAACCGACGAAGUAUCUUCUAUUCUUCGACGGGGGGUCCCGGGGCAACCCGGGGCCCGGAGGAAGCGGAGCAGUCGUUAUUCGUACAGCAGAUGCCACCAUCCAAGCCCAGGAUGGCCAACACACUGGCCAAUAUGGCAAUGAAUUCUACAAGAAGCACACAAGUUUUGCUGUCGGAGGACACUUCGGCAACAGACAGCCAUCCCUAGCUGCCAGUAGCGCGGAGUACAAGAGGCUCAAGGCGGAGCGUCACUAUGUCGUGUCGCUUCCACACCCGAUUGGAGAAGACAAUGAUAGUGACGAUGGCGAUUUUUCUAGUGAGAGCGACGACUUCUCCGAUGAUAGCGACGAAGACAGUGAGGACGAUGAUGUGGAGGAGCGCAUGUCAAAACCCGUCGAGCGCUACAGAAUGCAGUGCAAACAGCAGCGCAGCAUGGGCAACUUACUAUGGUGUCUUUGUUCCUCCCGCAGAUUGUCGGUGCAAGCGACGAUGGAGAAGCACGUCGUGAUAUGCACGACACCACGUGGAAAGUCCUCAAUGAAGCAGCCGCGUCACCACGAUGCUGUGGCGACAUAUCUCCUUGGAAUGCGCAACAUUCAAUGGGACUUGGACCCUACUCUCUCGCUGUGGCGUCCAGCCGGUUGA